UAAGUUAUUAUGCAAACAACUCAAUUUUAACUGACAAUAAUCUGAAAAUUCAAUUGGGUUGUAUCCACAGUUGCCUAGCAGUGCAAGUGUCAAACCAGGUUAUGUUAUGAUGACAAGUUGUCAACAAAAAUGGCAACUGCACUUUCCUACGAAGAUCUGCGCAAACAGGCGCGUCAUUUGGAGAACGAAAUUGACCUGAAACUGGUCGCGUUCAGCAAACUGGGUGCGGGGAUAAAGGCCCCACAUCACAGCCAUGGUGACACAGUACCCCUGUUAUCGGGCGAGGACACCUUCGACGCGAUGUCCGUGGAAAUUGAACAGUUACUGGCUAAAUUGUCUCAGGUGAAUGAGAGGCUGUCAGAGCAACCUGUGUCCGGGGCGGCGAUGCUGCACACCCUACAAAGGCACAAGGACAUAUUGGCGGACUUAUCCAGGGAUUUUCACAAGACCAACUCGCAGCACGAGCACCGCAAAGAUCGCGAGGAACUGUUGAGGGGCAACGAUAGUUUUCGAACUGACGGCGUCAACAAUCGUCGAGAUAUUUAUCUCAAAGAGAACCAACACAUACACAAUUCUGAUCGGCUAAUAAAUGAGCAGAUAUCAAUAGCAAUGGAGACAAGGGAGCACUUGACUUCACAGAGACAGACUUUGAAGAGAUUGCAGACUCGUUUCAACGAUAUUUCCAAUAGAUAUCCGGUGAUCAACAGCCUGAUUCAAAGAAUAAAUCUUAGAAAACGACGUGAUUCCAUUAUACUUGGUUUAAUUGUAUCAGCUUGUACAAUUCUCAUGCUUAUUUAUGCUUUUAGUUAAAUAAAAUGAAACAAUGUGAUAUAAAUGUAUGUAAUUAUUGAAACGGUUUUUAUAUAGGUGUUAUUUCGGAUGUACUAAUCAAAAAUAGUUUACGUAAUAAAUUCAUAUUUUACU